AUGAUCCAGAGGGUGAAUGGGUCAUUGGCAGUGUCCAGAGCUCUGGGGGACUAUGAUUACAAAAAUGUGGAUGGCAAGGGCCCCACAGAGCAGCUCGUCAGCCCUGAACCAGAGGUGUUUGAAAUGGUGCGGGCUUCAGAACAGGACCAGUUUGUGAUCUUGGCAUGUGACGGCAUCUGGGAUGUCAUGUCCAAUGAAGACCUGUGCGCUUUUGUCAAAUCCAGACUUGAGGUGACCAAUGACCUUGAACGAGUGUGCAAUGAGGUGGUGGAUACUUGCCUUCACAUGGGAAGUCGAGAUAAUAUGAGUGUGGUGUUGGUUUGUCUGCCAAAUUUUCCCAAAGUCACAGAAGAAGCUGUGAGGAGGGAGGCUGAACUCAACAAGUACCUGGAGUCUCAAGUUGAAGAGAUGAUGUCUCAGCCAGGGGAGGAUGGUUACCCUGACUUGGCAACAGUGAUGAGAAACCUUUCUGCAGACCCCAACAUGCCUCCUUUGCCCCCAGGAGGCGGCCUUGCCAGCAAACAUAGUGUUAUUGAAGCAGUAUACAACAGUAUGAACCCGUACAGAGAGGAAGAUGGGAUGGGAGCAGAUGUGGACUACCAGUGGUAG